GUUCCACAGAGUAAUAAAACGCUUAUGCAUAAUGUUUCAGCAAGACGUUUUGUUUAGAGAACUUGGGCUAGCUGGUACUGUCGUUAACCGAAUUAUUUUCAACCUUUCUUCAUCGAAACAGAAACCAAAAGUAGGAGUGGUACAACUACAGAUAUAAAAGUUAGAAUCCACAUUCACAACCAGCAGACUCAAAGGUUACAUCAGAAAGGAUGCCUCUCUGUAAAAACUCUGAUAAACCAAAGCCAGGAGAUCUGAUUGAAAUUUUUCGAACUGGCUACCAGCACUGGGCACUAUAUAUCGGAAAUGGAUACAUCAUUCACUUAGCUCCACCAGGGGAGUAUGCCUGUGCAGGGUCAUCAAGUCUCAUGUCUGUGUUUACGGAGAAAGCAGUGGUUUGCAGAGAUCAUCUCGAAGAAGUGGCAGGAAAUGACAUGUAUAGAGUCAACAAUAAAUAUGAUUCACGUUCUAAUCCUCUUCCUGUGUACAUCAUCAUCGCAAAUGCAAAGGAGCAGAUUGGGGAGGAACUGCCUUACAGCAUAGUGAGUUACAACUGCGAACACUUUGUUACCAGCUUAAGAUAUGAAGAUAAGAAAUCUGAUCAGGUUACAUCAGCAUUUGCAACAGCGGCUGCGGUAGGAGGUAUGCUGGCACUGUUUGGUGUGGCUGCUUACAUGGGAAUGUCUCACAAAAAGAAACGAAGACAGGAUGAGAGGUGGUAGCAUUCUUUACAACUGUACUACAUACCAUCGAAGGAAUAAUGACUGCAGAGAGACUUCUGCUGUUUGUGCUGAUUGCUAAAAUAAGUAAAUAAAUAACAUUCAAUAUGGAUUCAGCUCCCUGACUGACAAGAAAAUAAGUGUUUAUUCUUCUUAACAACUUCUUAAUUAGGUAAAAAUGUAAUGAUAUUCCAUUGUUUCUUUGUCUUCUUAAAAUACAUGUUGUAAAUGAAUAAAUCCUUCAGAAGAUA